AUUUUUUAAAUGACCUGGGUCAUGCUGCAUAUUAAACAUACUUGAUCAAUUGCUGUUGAUUAUGCUACAGGAAGAACAGAAAAAAAAAAUAUUGUAGCAGUUAACUUAAUGAAGAGCCUGACUUCAGUGUUAUUUGUGAAAAGAUGUCUCAUCAUUCUUAGUCUUAGAAAUAAUAAAAAAAUAUGGCUUUGUGAGAUAGAUUACAUCCCGGUAGCUCUACUUUGCUUAAAAACAGCCAAUGUUUAAAAACUGAACCUUGAUAAUAUUUGCUUUUAUUAUGAAAAUGAUAUAUUUCUGCUGUGGAUAAUGCAUGAAUUAUGUCUCAUAUAGGUUCAUAUGUGUAAAAUUUAUUCAGGUAGAUAUGUUGGAUCCGUCUGAAAUGAAAUGUGGCAAAUAUGGUGUACUGUCUCUUCGUACACCCCCCUCAUCACCAAGAGCUGAUUCUAUUCUUCAAUUAGAUGAAAAAUUUGAUCAGAUUGUGCCUGAUGUUAGUGAUGAUACUGAUGCUUGGAGGACAUCAUGCGAGUCUGUUAAUGCAGCUAUCCCACAGGCAUCUGGUACAAAAUAUAGAGUUCAGGAGGUUGUAGUUCGCAUGCGAGGUACUGCAUAUACCAAACAUAUCCAGUGGUGGAGUGGCAUAAAACGUGGCAUUGCUAAUAGAUGGGAAGUUUCUCGUCUUAUCUGGCCAUAUAUGCUGAGCAUUGGGUUAGCCUAUUUUGUGACGUUAUGUCUGUUUCCUGGCAUUGAAAGUGAGAUAAUAAGUUGCUGCCUCGGGUCUUGGAUGCCUGUUAUACUAAUGGCAAUCUUUAAUUUCUUUGAUUUUAUUGGUAAAGUUCUUGCAUCUAUAUCACAUAAUUGGACUAAAAAGCAACUGCUACUGUUAUCAGCUAGCCGAAUUUUUUUAGUUCCACUUCUUGCCAUGUGUGCGGCUCCAAGAGGUUCUCCUGUUCUACCUGGUGAAGGAUGGGCGAUGGUAUUUUCCCUUUUGUUGGGUAUUUCCAAUGGAAUAUCUGGUUCUGUCCCUAUGAUACUUGCACCUUCUGUAGUGUCUGCUGAGCAGAAAGAACUUACUGGUAAUAUAAUGACACUUUCCUAUAGCAUAGGACUGACAACUGGUUCUGGUGUAGCAUAUUUGAUUGAUUUUUUCUUGGGCCCACCACUUCUACAUCCUUGUCUUGAGCCAUUUGCUUCAGAUAACAUGCCAGCAUCUGAUAAUAUAACAUCAUUGCCAUUAAAUAUUACAUCUUCUAAUUCAGAUGUCUUGUGGAACAUUACUGUACCUCUAAACAAUACUGGCACAAACACCAGUAUGUGGUGAUUUAUUUAUUUAUUAAUGUGUUAUGUAAAAGAAAUUGUGAAAGUAGUAUAUUUGUGUCAUUGUAAAGCUGUCGAUAUAAGUAAAUAAGUACAAUAUUUCUGUUAGCUGUUUAAACCCUCUAACUGGCAAGGCCAUAUAUAUAUCUAUGGCUUGGAAUAUUUUCUGUGAUAUCUAUAAGAACGUACAUAUAUGUGCAUAUUAAAAUAUGUCAAAGAAAUUAAGCCAAUAUAUUAAAAGUACACAAAUCCAGGUAUAAAACACCAGGAGAAUUUUUACAUUAUAAUCAAGAAAAUAAUGCUUUCUUGUAGUAGUUUUGGGAAAUUUGUGUUUUCUUAGCAAAAACUCUGGCCGGUCAGAGGGUUAAUCAUAUUAAUUGCAGUUCUAAUCAUGGCUGUUUAACCGUAUUAAUUACAAUUCUAAUCAUUCUUUUUGGUUAUUGACUAUAAAUCUGCUUAUGUAUUAUACAAUUUAACUCUUAGUUUUCUAUAUUCACUUUAUUUUCCUGUAAAGGAAUUUUAACUGGUUGAAGCCAUCUAGAGCUAGAAUCUUAAUUUUUUUAUUUUAUGUGAUGAGAUCAGAUUUCUGAUCCAUUUAUGAUUGUAAUUAGGUCAGUCUCAUAUCCAAACUAACUGGGAUCAUAAACCAUUCAUUAAUUUAAAAUAGCUGAAUAAUUACUUUUUUCUUGCAGACCAUUAAAUAUGUAUAUCAGAAAUUAAAUUAAUGAUAAACAAAGCAGUCAACUAGGAAGAAGUAAGUACAUUUGUACUAAAAGGAAGAAUUUAGCGUAAUGUGCUGCUAAAUUUAAAUGUAGUUUAAAAGUAAGGAGAGAUCCAACUCAUCAGUAAGAAGACAUAAUUCCACCAAGUAAUGUAAUACAUGAUAAACAGCAAUGUAAGAAACUAAGAAUCUAAGACAAUUAUCUUAAUGCAGAAAUUAAAAUUUAAGAAAGUAAAUAAGCAGAGAUUAAUCAUCCUUGGUUGAAGCCUCAAAACAGAACUUGUCAAGGGAAAAGUGUUUUGAAACUCCAUAUCCAUUCGAUUAAUUAGAUAGUCAAGACAAAUUUCAUUCUGACUAAUUCACUGAGACUCUGAAGCAUAACUCCUAAUCAAUUAAUCAAUGAAUUAGUAGAAUUAAGAGUCUUUUUGAUCUGUAUCUUUUCCCCCAUUUCUCAUAGGUUUCCAACACAAAAUGUUAAAUUAACAUAUAAAUAUAUAUAUGUGUAUGUGUUAAUUUAAUAUAGUCGGUUUCUUACGUCUUAAAUCUAACUCAUAAUUUAUUAUGUGAUAGUUGUAGGAAGGCUGAAAUAGUUCGAAACUGAAAAUAAAUUAAACAUUUUUCUCAUAUUUUGAGUUAAAAACAGUGGAACUGGGAAUACUUUUUUUUUUUUUAAAUUAUUAUCAUCUAUCAAAGAAAGUUUUAGUAUUCAAUUGUGCAACCUUUAGCCCCUGUAAUAGCCUCAAAGGAUUGACUCUACCAAGUUUUAGUAUGAGAAUAAAAUAUAAGUAAAACACUGAAUAUAUUUUAUCACAUCCUUCUUGCAGGACAUGUGCCAGAUGGUCUUUUGCUGCCUAUUUCAUAUUUUCUUGUUAAAACCAGUAAUGUAACUGAUAUAGUAAAUGCUACCAAAAAGGGAACAAAAGUUAUAUGCAAGAUAUCAGUAUCAUACUGCUUCUCCCCACAGUAUAUGUUUACAAAAUAUAACAAAAUCAGACUUUUUCAAGAAAAAUUUAUCUGCACAUCUAAUAAAAAUUGACUUCUAUAACCAGAGGGCCAUGUAAGCUUUACAUUUAACCAAGCAAAUUUAAUUACAUAAUAAAAACACUACAUGGAAGAAUUACAUGUCAAAAGUAAUAAAAGUAACAUAAAGCAAUUACUCUUGGAUAAGAGGAAAAGUUAUGUCCAUGCAAAAAUCUGUCGAAUCUUUUUUAACUAACGGUUGAGAUGUUAGACGUUUCAAUUUUUGUUGACUGUUGCCAUUUAGCGUUAGGUUAUAGACUCCCCCUCAGGCUCUGAUGACGUCUCGAGGAAGAGUCUGCAAGAUAUUUCACAUUCAUCUCUAUGAAGAAUAAACCGGGAAUCUUUUGGUGUCGAGUUUGAAAUUAUUGAUUUAACUGCACAGAAUCAGGAUGAUUCUCCAAAACAUCAAUGAAUCGGGAUGAUUCGUCUAAAACUGGAUGGAAUCAGGAUGAUUUUCCAAAUCAUCAAGGAAUAGGUUUCCUAAAACUUCACUAAAUAGGGAUGAUUCAUGGAAUCGGGACGAUUCCCUGAAACAUCACUGAAUCGGGAUGAUUCAUUUAACAUAGAAUCAGUAUGAUUCUUGAAAGGUUCAUUAUAAGGGGUUGAAUCUUUCCCGGUUUGAAGCGACCCUUGAAUUCUAAAAGUAAGCUUUCUCCCUUCCAAAUCGCAAUAUCAGAUCCACCCUACUGUAAAAGGAACUUUGAAAUUAAAAAUUUUGAAAAUCUCAGAAUAGAUCGAAGGCAACUUGACAGCACCUGUGGAAUUACUAUUUUGUUUAUAUUCAUUACUUUUGCUAGACGACUGCACUUAAUGCAACACAUUUUUGAGCCACUUAUUUUCCUUUUCUAAAUUUGAAUUUUGUUUUUUAUUUUCUCAUAAUUCUAUGAGAAUAUUAAAAAGUUCACUAGAACAAUCAUCUCUUGUAGAACCAGAGCCUUUCUGUUUUUAAACCGUUUCCUCCACUUCAUCAUCAAGGUCUUAUUUUUCUUCUUCCAAGCCUCUGAUGCAUUGCUCCAUUUUUUAAUGACAUAUUUUCAGUCAUUUCCUUCUGUUGAUCCAUUUCUUUUUUAUUCUCAAAUAUUAUUUCUUUUUAUUUAGAAAAUUAAACAUGCUCUCACUCUAAACUAUCAUAAUCAAUUUAACUUUACAUAAAAUACAAUUUGUACUUACUGCAUGAUUGCUUUACAGUAAGCUCAAGAACAUUGGAUUAAUCCUUCACUGCCAGAGUGGCUGUUAAUUUUCAGAUUGUCAAAAAUCUAAAUUUUCCAUAUCACCAGGGUGAUGAUUUUCUUCUUUUAACGCAAGUAAAGCUCGAAGAAAAAAUUGCGCUCGGCUUUCGGUAAUAAGUUUUAAAUUUUUUAGGCUUCGGGCCCACCGUUGGGCUGCCAGUUUAUAACCAGAGGGCCAUGUAAACUUUACAUUUAACCAAGCAAAUUUAAUUAUAAUAAAAACACUACGUGGAAGAAUUACAUGUCAAAAGUAAUAAAAGUAACAUAAAGCAAUUACUCUUGGAUAAGAGGAAAAGUUAUGUCCAUGCAAAAAUCUGUCGAAUCUUUUUUAACUAACAGUUGAGAUGUUAGAUGUUUCAAUUUUUGUUGAUUGUUGCCAUUUAGCGUUAGGUUAUACUUCAAAGAUGCUCUUUUUCCCCCCCUCCCCCCAGUAUAAUUAAUUUUGUUUGCAUCUUUAAGUAGUAUUUUUCAUUUAUCUUUAAUGCUUUACUUGCUUUUAAUAUCUCAGAGUUAUUUUGUUUAUGAAGCAUUAAUAGCAUGCAGUCCAUUUUUAAAUUACCAUUAUUUAUCAGAAAAUCAUUUUCCCCCAGUUUCAUUUUACAUGCAGAAUGCCAUCUGUGUUUUAUUUAUUUUUAAUUUUUUGAUAAAACUCAUAUUUAAAUGUGUUCAUGUGUUGAACCUUAUAUUAACAGAUACAAGAUAGUAACAGAUACAACAUAAUAGAAUAGAAAUAAUGAAAAUAUAUCUUAAAUUUUCCCACUUGUGACCUUUAAAUUUAAGAAAUGAAAGAGAUAUUUAUUUAAAAAGAAUUGGUUUAAUUUUUUUUAAAAUUUACAUCAUUCUUAUGCAAAAAUAAUAUAGGUGAUAUUGAUCUCUAUUAUUAAAGAAUGAAGAACCGGAACAGCUUCAGUAUAGCCCACCUUGAAAGUUGGGCGUGUUUUUUUUAGGGGGUGCCAAAGCGUGUGAUAUAUGUUGUUUUGGAAAAUGGUUACAAUCGAGAUUUUUGACGAAACUUCGUGUUUCCAAAAUGGCGGCCAUCUUGAUUUCACCAGAAAUUGUGGAUAAUAGAAAUAAAUUUACGACUAUUAUACACGAUUUUAAAAGAAAAAAAAAUAUGAAGUAAUGAUUAAUGAAAAUGAUUAAGUUUAAAAGGAUGUAAUUUUAAAAACAAUGAUAGAAAAUCUACCCUUUGCUUGGCUUUCCCAAAUGUAAGAUACCUUUGCAUGGUAUCUUACAUUUUUCACAACAAACUUUAUCCAUCAAAGAUCCUCUAAAAAGUUCAUACUCUCUUGUUAAUUCAUACAUAAAAUAUCUGUUUGGAAUGCCUGGCUUUCCCAAACUUUUAUGCUUGUCUGAAAUCUCCCACCUUAAAUUUUCCUUUAAAAAUCUCCUGAUACUUAAUUACAACAUCACUAACAGAAGGUUUAGAGCAAUCCAUAACUAAAUGCAAAAAUCUUAUCUCCAAAACAGUAUUCUCCACAAUAUCUGAGCAUUAAACAAUCACCCAAAAUAGUGUUACGAAUUUUGUGUUUAGAUAGUUAAUUUUAGUAGAAUUCUAAUUAAAAAUGUUUAUUCCUCCCCUUGCAAUGCAGUGCGAGACAAAUUUUAAGAAAAGUAAGAAUACAGGGGCAUGUGCAUUUAAAAUGGAUAUAGUAUUUAAAAUGGAGAUCAUAAAUGGAUAUGGAGUAAAUGGAUAUCUCGGUAAUUUGUAUUCAAAUUGAAUAAAUGUAAUUGACCCCUAUGUUAGCUAUAACCGUAAUUCCAUCCUCUUUAGAAAUCAGAAAUUUACGGUUGUUUACAUUACGUUUGCUGGUCUGUGUGGGUUACCACAUGCUUGUAAACUGGUGUGGGUUGCCACAUCAUAUCAUUUAUCGCCAUUCUUGGCAAUAUUUUUUGGUUAAAAUUCUGUGUGGGCUAUACUAAAGCUGUUUCGAAGAACCUAUUACUUUCCUAACAUUGUAUAAAAAUGGCUGCACCUCAAAGCUUGCAUUUUGAAUUUUUAAUGUAUUUUUUAUUUAUUUCAUAUGUUGUGUAAAUUUAAGGAAUUUUUUUGUUAGCAAACUCAUCAAGUUAAAAACGACACUGUUUGAAAUUAAACAUUUUUAUCUCCAGAUCACCAGACUGUUGCCAUUCCACAAAAUUUAAGGUAUUUUUAUCUUUCAAUUUUAAUCAACAAAAUCUGCUUUUUAAAAGCAAUGUGUUGCUAUUCCCUAAAAUAAAAUAUUUUAUCUUCCAUGCACCAGUAUAUUACCAUUCAAUAAAGAGUAAGCCAUUUAACUUUCAGAUUUAAUCUGCUUAUUAUUGAUUAACAAACUGAAUGAUUUAAAAGAAAUAAACACAGUUCUCAGGAAUAUUUUUUCUUCUUUUUAAUCUGAUUGAUUUUAAUAAAAAUGCAUUUAAAUGAGAUGCCUAAUUAGAAGUAUUAAAUAUUUUUAAGAAAUUGCACUAGCUGAACUGAUUAAAAUUAUUUUAUAUAUUUUGGUUUUUUUUUUUUAAGGAACUAUUUUAGAUGGCUGGCUGCACAGGCAGCUAGUUUAAAAGAAAGAAGUAAUGUUAUUUCUUUCCAAAUGUACAUAAUUCUUAUUUUUGAUCGUUUCUGAUGAUAGGCAUGUAAUAUUUAGGUAUAUAUAUAUAUAUAUAUAUAUAUAUAUUUAAUUUCUCUAUGUGUUUGCUUUGUAAAAUGAAUGCAAUCCAUUAUAUGAAUAAUAUAUUAAACUUGACUACUACUUUUAAUUUUCGGAAGAAGACGGUUCAUUAUCUUCUGGCUCUUGUUAUAUUCAAUUGAAUUAUAUUUUAUUUCUUACUGGUGUUACUGAGAUGGUCAAAAGGUUAUGAUAAAAUUAUGUACAGAAUGUGCUGAUUUAGUUGCAUAAAUUUACUUUUAUGCUUUGUUAAGAUUUAAAGCUGUACUUUGAGUUUAGCCAUCAUCAUUAUUAUUACAAUGAAACUGUUACAGCCAUUGGUUAGUGAUGUAACUAUCAUUUGCUACCUUUUGUGUUCUACUUAACUAUGAUUAUAUGUUGAUAAAUAUUCUCAAUUGAAGAUUUAUGUGAUGUUAAAAAGGGGAAGAAUGUAUUUAUGUGAAUUGUAUGUGUAUUUUCAUUCAUAAAUACAAAUGUAGUACUAAAUAAUAGGUAGUAGGUUUUUGAGUAAUAAUAACCUAAUGAAUGUUUUUAAUGUUUUCUUAUAGAAAAAGGAAAAUAAAAUAUGUAAAAGUGAGCUUGGGAUCUAUUUUAUUGACUAAUGCUUAGAAACUUUCUUGUUAAGUUAUGGUAUUAUAACAUAACUCUGAAUGGUAGUAUAUUAACAUAAGUUGAACAUACUUGUUAUUUGUAUACAAUUUUUAUUUGUGAUAUUUUUUAGAUUUAUAGAGAGUAUAUGAUAUUUGCUUUUAAUGCUUUUGAGUGUUGUUUAAUUAAAAAAAGCUGAAAAACUAAACAUUGGUCAUUUUGUAAAGAAAUAUUUUAUUGCUUUGAAUAAGUAUAUUCUGUGCCCUAAAAUCAACUCUUACAACUUUAUUAAUAUGCAUUUUCAUAUUAACUAUUGCUGCAUUAUGGUACAGAAUAGUUUUUAAAAAUCUUCAAGUAAAUGAAAAAAUGUGUAAAAAUUUUCUAUCUGAGCAAGAUAUGUUUCAUCAAAAAUGAGAAUGUUACAUUUCUAAUGUGCAAGAAUAAUUAAGCAAUGACAUUCCAGUGUAUGCCAAAAUAUAUUUCUCUUUUUUUGUAAGAAUCUUAUGUGAUAACUGUUGCAUACGUUAAAGUGUAAUUUUCUGUUUAGAUGUCAUUUUGCUGCCUUAGAAUCUUAUAUUUUCUCUGUUUUGUUAUUUUUGUGUUUUUCUUGAAUUCUUUGUUCUUUUAGAUGCAUUAUUACAUGUUUGAAAAAAGUGAGCAAUGACGUCAUUAUUAAUCAUCUAUCAAUUAUCGCUAUUAUUAAGCUUUAAUCCAAGGCGGUGGACUGAUCGAAUUAGUUGUGUUUCCGCCAUUCCUCUUUCCGAAUUUUUUCAAAAUUCUUCCUAUUCCCGCGAAAUCGGAGAGUACAGUCCCCCUCCCACAGCUUUUCAGGAGAUGCCACGAUGAGUCAUUAAAAAGAGAUGGGCAGUUUCUUUGUGAAUAAGUUAGUCUUUUUUAGACUGACGUGUCUUUAGGCUCCUCUCGAAAUCUUUAGUUUCAUUCUAUUUGAAAUUCUGUUAGAAUAUUAGCUGUUAUUUUCACAGCUUAUGUUAACACAUUAAAGGCGGGAGUAGUAGUACUACGAUUUAUCUCGACUGUAGCUUAAAGGCAGGAGUCGUAGUACUACGAUUUAUCUCGACUGUAGCUUAAAGGCGGGAGUCGUAGUAAUACGAUUUAUCUCGACUGUAGCUUGCGCAUUUAAUCUCGACUGUAGCUAGCGCAUGGAUUGCGCAAUGUGGUUUGGAACCACAUUGUGCUAUCCAUGCGCCACUUUAUAUUUGUAUUUAGCAUGUUUUGUGGUUUGAAGCUGUUCGGUUGUUCAAAUUCUACUUACAGUAAAUUUUGAAAUCAUUCAAUAUGGUUUCACGUGAAAAUAAAGAUAUAUAUGCAGACGAUUUGAUGUUUAUUGAAGAGCCACAACCUGGUACAUCGAACUCGGCACCACGGGCUCCACGAUCUAAAAUUGGUCCGCCUGGCCGUCUUUCGCUAGACAUCAAAAAGCACAAAUUAAUUCGGAUAGAAAAUAAAGACAAAAAGUUAUAUGCCCAGCGAAACUGCGUAAUUUGUGCGGCACAUAAAAAAAAGAAAGUUGACUUGCUUCAAAUGCGAGUUUUGCAAUGCACCUCUUCACCGUGGUCAGUGUUAUCAACAUUAUCACACUCAUAAAAAAUACUAGAUUCUUCUCAUAAAUAUGUAUUUUAAAACAUUUUUUGUAAUUAGUGUUUAGUUCUUUUUGAAUAUUUCUUGUAGUUUUAGGAGUUUAAAUAAACUUUUUUAAGUCUAAAUUUUUUUUUAUGAUUACACAAAAUAUUGCCCGCUCUAGAACGAAAAACGAGACGAAGCGGUCUUACCUAGCAUACUUUCAUCAAGAUCCCCCGCCUUUAAUGUGUUAAUCAAUAUGGAUGUUUUAGACAUUAUUGAAAUUAAAAGGGAAAAAAAAAAAAAAAACCUUUAGCCCUUUAUAAAGGUUAUCCAUAUCGAAUUCGGAAUAUAAGUAAGGAUAAUGUAGUUUAUUGGAUUUGCGUAAAUGAAAGAAUUAAAAGCUGCAAAGGCGUAAUUAAGAUCAAAGAAGAAGUCGUUUUAGAACUUCGUUUCAGAACGAAUAUUUAUUCUGAAAGAUUUUAUUGUAAUUCACUUUUACACAGAAUUUCAGAAAAAUAUUAUUGUUACUUUAGGAAACGAUCUUUUAGUUCAUUACUAAAAUCAUCACAGAGUUAGAACAUCUCUUUCUCUCCUUUUAAAUACAGUAUUAGCCUCAUUCAAUCAAAGAUCUGAGAUCGUAAAUAUUUUUCGAUUAUUUCUUUUAAAAAUUCGUUUUUUAAAUCUAAAAAUUUUUGCUUUCCUACAUUUUGGGAGAGGCCAAGGCCCAGUCGGGCCCUACCGUGUAACCCUUUUGGAAAGGGGGCUAACGAAGGUUGAUGAUCUCGCGGAAACAGGAACGUUUCUGACAACCGCUGAAACAGGAAGACACCAACUGAUCAUUUCAGAUUCUUAUCACCUUGACUUCAUAAGAAGCAUUUCGUUUAGCUUUUGAGCGUCCUCAGCUGAAGUUUAAUGCUAAGAAACUAUGCUAGACAGAGCAUUGCGAGGUACUUUCUUUCUCUAGAUUUCAUAUUUUCUUCUAAUUUUGGGCCAUCAGUCUUGACCAUUAAAAAAUGAUGUUAAAAAAGUCUCAAAUCAUUGAAAGCAGGAUUACUAUACAAGUAUGUUAUGUAAAGUUAACUUUAAUUUAGUGACUUAUGUAACUUUAGGUAAAUAACAAUAUGAUGCAAUACUGGCAACAGAAGAUGACAAGACAGUUUCCAGCAGAUCCUAUGCCUAUACUGAAUUCCCUCUUUCUUCUCCCCUCUUUUUUAAACUAGGUUUUCUUUAUAAUGUCCCAUUUAAAAAUUAAAGUUUGUUGUAGUUUUACUAAACGUGUUAUUUUACCUGGCCAUGAUCAUGAUAAAUUGUCAUCAUGAUCAGGUUUCCUAUUUAUUUAAUUUCUUAUGUUUGAAUUUUUUGCCUACGAACUUUUGAGGAGAAAUUUAGUCACACAGUCUUCCUGAAACAUCCUAUAUAUCAAUCUUAUUGCAUCUGUUUUAUGGUCAGUAUAAGUUAUUGUAUUUUUAAUGUAUUGUGAUCAUUUUCCUUGGUUAUUUUAUUUUUUAUGGUGUUUAGAAUUUUUAGAAUUACUUAGCAGUUUCUUAGUCUAAUUAUUAUAUAAAUCAAAUUGGAAAAGAAUCACGUCAUAUACAAUAUAAGCAAAACAGCAACCUUUUUCUGCAUACAUUUUCAAUACAACUCUAUCAAUUUCGAGGGCGAUUAGGACACAGCUCUCUCUUCUUCAGGAGCACCCCCCCCCCACGAAAAAAAAACUGCUUCUAACGAAGAAGAACCUGCAUCUGUUUGCCUUCGAAAUGGGUAGAGUUUUACUUAAAAUAAGCCCAAAUAAGUUUGCUGUUUUGCCUAAUUUUAAUGUUUAUUCAAAGUAAUUAUUUAUACACAAAAAAGCCCAUAAAUGUGCAGUAAAAAAUUUAUUAUUUUUCUUCCAGUUUUUCUAAAUUUGAAGGAUGUUGUUUAUAAUGUAAGAAAACAGUUUUAUAUAUUUAAAAAAUAUAUAUAAUCAUCAUAUAUCCCAAUGAAUGUAGAGUUCAUUGUUUUGUAUGUGCCAUGUACUACUGUUUGACGUAUAUUUAACUGAAAUAAAGUUCAUUAGCAGAUCGUG